AUGAGACCAUAAGUAGGUUUAAAAAUAUAAGGUAAAUUAAAGCCAUCAGAUAAAUAACUAAUAGAAAUUGUAAAUUUACAUGGUGGUAUCAAUUGUACAAGUUGGAGUUAAGUGGCUAGAAUAUAUGAAAGUUAAGUAGGAGUAAGAGUGAGAAAAGCUUAUGAAUUAAAGAGACUCUAUAUAUCAUUUACAUAAUAUGAUGAAUAAUUUACAAGAGAAUAGUUGGUUGAGUUAUUUGAAUCUGCUAUAUAGAGUAGAGGGAAUUCAAGAGCAGGUAGCAAAUAAUUUGAAUAAAGAACUGGGAUACAUAUUUAUAUUUCUAGAUAUACAUCAUAUAUUAAGGGAUGGUUGAGAUAAGGUUUGAAAUAUAUGAGAGAUGUAUUUUUACCAUCAAGAAAUAAAUCUUGGGCUUAGACAGAAUUCUAUUCAAAAUGUUAAUACAUUCCACCAAGAUCUGCAUUUUAUAUGCUUAAGAUUUUAGAUUGUAAUUUAAAAGACUACUAAGAUGAUUUUAUAAUAAUGGAUUUUUAUAAAUGUGCAAGUGUUUUCUAAUAAUUACUAUAUUUAUAUGCUUUAAAUUUUGAUGUAAAAAGUAGAACAGAAGUAUAUGGUUUAUUUAGUCAAAUGAUAACAAGAAGAAUGUAUAAGAAGAUUCAUUGUUAUGCACAUUAUUUUGAGGAACUUAGGAAAAUUAAUGUAACUAAGAUUUGUAAAGAUGAAUAACUUACUCAACAUCCUAUGUUAGCUAGAACAAUUAAGAAAAAUUAAGAAUCCUCAUUAUAUAAACUAUUAUUUUAAGAGCAUGACUAUACUGUUAAAUUUAAAUUAUUUAAUGAAUCAAAUGAUUUAGAUUAGAAUCAAUUUAGUGUAUUAUUAAAACCUUCAAAGACUAAAGAAUAAUUAAAUGAAUAGGAAACUUUUGUUAUGAAUUUAGUUUAAUUGAAAGAAGAGAACAAAAUAAAGAGUCAAAAGGUACCUAAAGAAUUUAUAGAAACAAAAAAGAAAGUAAAAUAAAAGAAAUAUUUUCGUGGACAUUUUAUACGUGAUGGAACUUAUUCUUGUUGUAAUUAAACAACUAAAUAAUUUGAUUAUGAUUAUGAUAUUUGA